AUGGUGAUCAAAUCGCAAUUCAAACUUGACAUACCUUGGGUGUCUUUGCCCACAUUCGUCUUCGGGUCGCCCACUGCAGAGCUUCCCAAGACGCCCCUUUACAUUUCGGCAAACGAGCCGGAGAAGUACAACCUAUCAACCCACGACUACCGCCUAUAUGCUCAGCGUCUGGCUUCUGGAUUGAGGCGCUCUGGUCUCAAGCCCGGCGAUCGUGUCCUGCUAUUCUCUGGUAACACGCUCUUCUUUCCGUCUUUCGUGAUGGGCGUGAUAAUGGCUGAGGGUAUUUUCACCGGUGCGAAUCCGAGUUACGUAGCGCGAGAGCUCGCAUAUCAACUCAAGGAUUCGGGCGCAAAGUACCUCAUCUGCGCUGAAGCUAGUCUGGACACCGGUGUCGCAGCAGCAAAAGAAGCUGGGUUGUCUGCGGACCAGGUUUUCGUUUUUGACGAUGGAACUGCUACUUUUGACGGCAAGAAUCUGGAAAAAGACAGCGAAUUGGGCAAGCUAAGACACUGGACGAAACUCCUCGACUCGCCUGAAAACGGUGCGAAAUAUCACUGGCCAAACCUCACCACCAAAGAAGAACUCGACCGCAUCAUUGCGCUCAACUACAGUAGCGGUACCACAGGAGUGGCCAAGGGAGUGAUGAUAACUCAUCGCAACUACGUCUCAAACUGUAGUCAACAAGUCCACAUGUCGUCGCAAGAACCCGAGUACUAUCAGAGACUGCCCAAGAAACGCUAUUUGUGUUUCUUGCCAAUGUACCACGCCAUGGCCCAAGCCAUAUUCGCUGUCGGUGCUGCGAAGCAGCGAAUACCAGUGUACAUGAUGGCCAAGUUUGACUUUGUAGAAAUGCUCACGUACGUGGCAAAGUACCGCAUCACAGACCUCGUCCUAGUACCGCCGGUCGUUGUGGCCAUGGCCAAACACCCGGCAACCAAGCAGUUCGAUCUUACGUCUGUGGAAAGCGUUGGAUCUGGCGCGGCGCCUCUGGGCCGAGAGGUGUGUGAGGAAUUUGAGAAACUCUGGCCUGACGGAAGAGUCAAUGUCAAGCAAGGGUGGGGCAUGACGGAGCUCACGUGCGCGGCAACAGGCUAUUCACCAGCGAAGCACUCGAACAGUUUUUCGGUUGGUGAAAUGUUGGCGGAAUGUGAAGCGAAAAUUGUGUUGGACGAUGCGGGUAAAGUCGAAGCGCCGCAGGGUGAGAGAGGUGAGAUUUGGGUGCGCGGGCCCAACGUUAUGAAGGGGUAUUGGAACAAGCCGGAGGCUACCAAGGAGACUAUCACGCCAGACGGAUGGCUUAGGACUGGCGAUGUCGCAUAUGUUGACAAGGAUAAUCACUUCUUCAUCGUCGAUCGCAAGAAGGAGCUGAUCAAGGUCAAAGGCCUGCAAGUCGCGCCGGCGGAGCUGGAGGCAAUGCUGUUGGAGAAUGCGGAUGUACAAGACGCGGCAGUCAUUGGCAUUCCGUUCAAAGGCGACGAGGCGCCGCGGGCGUACAUUGUGCCCCAGAACCCGGAGAAGGCGACGCCGGAGACUGCGGAAAGUAUCAAAAAAUGGCUUGCUGAGCGCGUGUCCAAGCACAAGAGGCUAGAAGGUGGUGUUAUCUUCCUAGAAGCGAUUCCCAAGAAUCCUUCUGGCAAGAUUCUGCGAAAGGAAUUAAGGGAGAAGGCAGCUCUGGAGGAGACAAAGGCAAAGUUGUAG